AUGUUAGGUCUUAAACCGCAACACUUAUCUGGCCUUCAGCUUAUACGUGACAUUUUCAAAGCAGAUUUACAAGGCGACAAAUUGUCUUUACCACCUAGAGCACAGAAGGCCAUUCUUAAAGGUGGUACCAAUGUUGGUUUGGCACCACCAAUUGAUUUCUUAAUUGAGCUUGAUGUGAUAUCUGAUUGUUCCGUUUGUAAUCUUAGAUAUUAUCCUCAAGGCGGUGGUGAAGUCAUUUUAAGUGUGGACCCUUUAGUUGAACAAGCCUUAAAGCCAUUAAGCAUGAUCAACCGCGCUCAAGUAUUCUCUAAUGAAACGUUACCGGAGCUUAAAAAUAUUAAGCCAGACAUAAAAAUUAAUAUUGAAAAGAUCGCUUCUGGCAAAGGUCCAGUUACUCAACAUACUCGUACAGCUAUACAUUUUGCUGAAAUAAUGUCUGGUGCUAAGUUUAAAAUAGAUGGCAAUCGUCUAGAUGACAAAUGUCCAGAUGAUGAAUAUACUGUUGGUUUGCAUACGAUUGAAUGUGAAGGCAUUGGGAAAAAAAUUGCUAGGUGA